GCAGUAUUAGUACUGUAUCAUGUACAAGAGGUAUACGCCCAUAUCAACUGUAGAGGUCCCCCUUUUACCGACUGCUACACGCACACCUUUGUUGCACCUCCUCUUUUAAUUUCCAUGCAGUGAAGCACAGGACAGGGCGGACGGGGAGAGGCUGCGUGUGCACUCGUGUACAUCACGGUAACAAGCGAACACGAGCUGAUAGUGAGCUCAAUGAGAGGAGUCGCUUUAAUAACGAUCAGUGGAAUAAAGCAGGAAGAUGCUGCUGCGCCUGAACCAGUGAAGAUGCUGAUGCUGUUGGCUGCGCGGUGUGUUGGAGACAUGCGGCACUCUUCACUCCUCCGUCAGGUCACACUGUAGUUAAUGUAAAGUCGAUCCAGUCCAACCCUCUUCUAUUGGAAUUUGUCUUUUCUGAAUGCCGGGAUGCCUGCUCCUCCUCUUCUCCCGCUGUUCUUGGUUCUGCUGGGUGUGUUAACAACAUACACACAGACGGAGAUGAAGAGCGUUGUUGGAGACAAUGCCACACUGCCCUGCCACCAUCAGUUCUGGGUGGGUGAUGACCCCACUCUGGACAUUGAAUGGCUGCUUCUCAAGCCAGCCAACAGACAGAGAGUGGUGAUCACCUACUUCGCUGGACGGGUUUUUGACCCCAAUGAAGCAGAACAUGGCCGUGUAGCCUUUGCUGGAGAGUACUUAAAGGGUGAUGCCUCUCUGCUGAUCAGUGACUUGUCUCUGACAGACUCAGGAGAGUACAGCUGCAAAGUCAAGACUGGUGCACAAUACCACUGGAGCACAAUCAGUCUCAUAGUGCUGGUGAAGCCAUCCAAGCCACAGUGCUGGAUGGAGGGAAAACUGAUGGAGGGUGGUGAUGUUAAGAUGAGCUGCAAGUCCGCUGAUGGCUCUGAUCCCAUCCACUACAAAUGGGAGAGGGUACUGGACAAGGGCAAGUACAUUGGCAAACUGCCUCCACUGGCCCUGAUAGAUUUGAAAAACCCAGAAAUUGUGACUUUGAGGAACUUGACCAAGGAUAGCAUCGGUGUCUACAAAUGCACAGCCAGCAAUGACGUAGGAGAAGAGAGCUGCACAGUGGAGGUUAAGAUGCACUAUGUAAGGGGAAUGGGUGUGAUAGCAGGUGCUGUGGUUGGUGUGUCCUUUGGUGUUCUACUCAUCAUCCUCAUCAUCUGGUUGGUGUUUCGCAAGAAGGAGAUGAAGAAAUAUGAAGAAGAAGAGACUCCAAAUGAAAUCAGAGAGGAUGCAGAGGCCCCCAAAGCCAAAUUGGUGAAGCCCAACUCCCUCUCCUCAUCCCGCUCUGGCAGCUCUCGUUCAGGCACAUCGUCCACCCAGUCCAUGGUACAUAACACGGGACCGAGAGGCCAACAAAGUUGUGUUCCUGCUGUGGUGGCCCUAAAGGAAAACUGCCAAGUACCAACUUUCCCUCAGUCUCCUGGUUACAAUCAGACAGCUCCCAAGACUCCUGAACCUCGUUCUACGCCCACCUCUACUUCUACCUCCAACUCCAACUCCAAGCCCAGUCCUUCCCCUAAACUGAGUCCUGGGAACCUGACCCGCAUGGGGGGCACUCCUGUUAUGAUCCCUGCCCAAACUAAGGCCUUCCAGACUGUGUAGUAAAGAAGGAGAGAAAACUGUAAUCACUCAAAGGAAAAGACCAAGGCAGCCUCAGGACAUGGCAACCAGCAGAGCCCAAGAGUUAGACAAAAGUAAAAAAAAAUCCAGUCAUAUUAUCUAGAUACAGACGAAUGACAAACUCAAGGAAAAACCUGAAAAUGAGUAGACAGGAUAACAGUGCAGGAGGGGCCACUGAAAGGUUUGAUGAGUAUGAAAAUGUUGUGAGUCAAAUGCUGUGGCUUUCACAGUCACCAGAUCUAAACCCAGUUGAACGCCCGUGGGAGAUUUUUGACCGACUUGAUAGACGGCACCCUCCACUGCCAUUAAAACACCAAAUAAGGGAAUAUCUUCUGGAAGAAUGGUGUUCAUCUCUCCAGCAGAGUUCAAAAACUUAGAGAAUCAAUGCUAAGGAACAUUGAAGCUGUUCUGGUGGCUCAUUGUGGCCCAAAACCGUACUAACAUAGUUUAUUUUGUUUUUUUCCUUUAAUUUGUCACUCGUCUGUAUAUUCUCCGUGUUCACAGUCUCAUGGACACUUUCAGCAAUUUAACUUUUGAAGAAUCUCUGCUUUCCUCUUACAGCUUAUUCUAGUGCUGUUUAUUGACACACAGUCAUUUGUGCUUAAGGUACUAUUUUAUAGACAGUGAUUUAAAAGGAGGAGUUCAAAUGAAAGCAGCACAAACCAUGGGAAUGAGAAAAAAGGAAUACUCACGUCUACUACAGUACCUUUCAACAAUUCAACAAUCUUAAACACCUUCAUACGUACAAUAAAACACGUUACACCUGUUGCAAGUUCAAAGUUAAAAUACAAAUUAAAAUACCUGCACCUAUGACUGAACUCAUGAAAGCGUUUAACUGUAGCUUUUUACAGUAUAUAAAUCGAAUGAAUGCCUCUGAUUGUAUAAAGACUUUAUGCGGACACUUCAUCAGUACUUGUGUCACACACUGUAACAUGGAUAUAAAUGAUACUGAAUUCCUUUGUCGCUGCUUCCCCUGUGCCAACUGAAGAAUAGUGUACAUGUGCCCAUAUUUAAAUGUAGUGCAAAAGUGGAUUCGGAGUGCAGUCCAAACUGCCCAGUGUGCCUGGGACCUGCCAAGCCCUUAUAUAUAAUAUAGGUAUUAUAAAUGUCAGAGGUUGUGACAAUAAUCAAUCACAUUCACUACUUUCAUCUCAUUUAAAACAGGGCUCUUCCCUUCAUGACAGUUUGGGAAUCCUGUGGAGAGUUUUCCUCAUGGGAAACUUAGUGUUGUCAGAGAAGUGUUGUUAAGGGAUACAGCAGCUUGAGUAUACUGCCAGGAGCAAGACAAUGUGUCUUUUUUUUCACUUUUGAAUUCACUUUGGAAAACUGAAGAUCUUACCAUCAGCAUGCUUUCUGUGCAGAAUAGUACAGUUUUAUUUGUCAUACAAUAACCCAUAACCAUCUGCCAUUAAAUACCACAUUCGUGCCAUAUGUACAGUAAAAGUAGAGUUAAAAAUACAGUUUUUAUGUUGUAUUUUAUUAUUUCUAAAGUUGUUUUUAAUGUUUACUUCAGUUUAGGUUUACCUCUUUUACAUGAACAAUGAUUACCAGCAAUCCACGAAACAGCUGUCGACUUAAUCUUUAUAUUGCAACAUUAACAUGAUCCCCAUAUGAGCUAUAGCAUUUUUUGGAUUUUUAAAAUAUCACUUGUUUUUGUCAAUGCCAAUUUCAAAUCUAACCUGAACAACAAACCUGUAUUGUAAUUGUGGUGCUACAGGUUUUAUUCGGGCCUGACUCAUCACAAAAAGAUGGAGCUGCUUUAAGACAGCAAUAAAGAGUCACAAGAGUAAAGGAAAGGCUUUCAUUAUAAACUACCUACUGACUGUCAUGGAUUCCAGAGCUUUGAGAAUCACUCGUUUGUUAUUCUGUCUGGCUUGCAUUCAUGCUAUGAUCAGCAUACUGUUCUGUUUACACAUCACAUGUCAGCUGGGUGGAGCCUCCCUUUGCUCUCAAAACAGCUUCAAUUCAGUCUUUGAGAUUCUGGUCCAUAUUGACAUGAUUGCAUCACAUUACAUUUUUCUAGUGUUCAACAGUCCAGUUUCUGUUUGCCCACUGCAGCCUCAGUUUUCUGUGCUUGGCUGACAGGACUGGACCUGUCAACGUGCUGAUGAGAGCUGUGAUCUGCAUCAGCAGUGUCUGGUGCCAGCUACUUCCUCACAUAUGAUGAAAGAAAGGACCAAGAUAAAAGAGACAGAAAGAGAUAGAUAGAGAUAACAUACUUUUCAGAUGUCUCUGUUAUACAAACUAGUGCUUAGUUCACCUGUAGACUGAACAGAGCAAUAAUAAUAAACUCAAUAAUGAUCUUUAUUUACUUUUAGUGACACUUCCUGCUUUUACAAAUUUCAGUGCAUGCAAGUACUGAUGUGUCUGAAGUACUGUAUUUGCAGUCACAAAUGUUGCAACUUUCUACUACAUAUGAUUAUGUUUACAUCUAAAUAUCUUUGUGGUUUAGAGUACCCCAAUUAAUAUUCAGGAAUACAAUCAGCUCUUUCCCAUAGCCAAUAAAACCCUGGAGCUGUUCCAUAGACUGAAAGCUGGCAAGGGGAUUGGAUGGACUGAACAAACACAACUCAGCAGCAGACAAGGUGCCCUUAGGCCCAGAAAACCUAACAACAUAAUCAUAAUGAAAGAAGUAGUUCUAUCUUACAGUAUGUGUUAUAAAUUGUAGCACGAACUGUGAGAUCUACCUACAGAUAAGAGAUUAAGAGUACUCAGGUUUGAGCACUACAAUAUUACAUUUUAAUUAUUCCACUGUACUGGGAAAUCUUAAGCUGUACUGUUCUGCAAACCUGAACUUUUCUAAAUAUUACCCAGCAGAGCUUUAUGUGUGAACACAAUUGUCUGAAUCAGUCAGACCCGACAUUAAGCUGACAUUAUCCGGCCAGCUCCCUGAUGUAAAGUCUGUGUAAUGUCUGAUUGAGCCAAUGAAUAGAGCAGGUAACUGUCAUGAGAGUUCACAGUGUCUGAGUGAGCAUGUUGACAACAUUCUCUCUUGCACACCACCCCUAAACGUAACCAAACUGAAAAUCUUCCAGAGAAUGUCUAGACCUGAUCCUCUGGACGUUCUCUCAAGUUCACCAGUGAAAAUGGCUUUAGAGAAAGACAUGUAUAUCUUGCCCCCCCC